GAACCUAUCCUUGUGGAGUGUAGGGAGUAUUAGGUGAAAAUUUACGAAAAGGUACUUUUUCUACAGGCGGUGUCAUGAGUAUCAGCUAGUGUUGUUCAAAUAAUAAAUAAAAGUGUAUUAUCUAUUCAAAGUAAAAAAAUUACAUCCAAGCCUUUUUUCUAAACGUAGUAAUUAAAACCCCCGGAUAGCAUCAUAACAACGGUUGUGAAUAUUAAUAUCAGGAAAUUGCUUUGUAAUAAUGUUAAGUGCCGUUCAAUUUAAAGGCUUUAAGUGUUGUUUAAAUUACGUUCUCAUUUAGUUAACUAAGCAACAGUAAAAAUGAUUAGACAGUAUUUUGGUGAUAAUAAAAACAAAAAUGUUUUACGUUUGAGAAACUCAAAUGUAAAAUGCUUGAAGAAAUUAAAAUUAAAAAAGAGGUUUAUAUUUUUCGGCCAAAAUAGUGGGAUUCAUGGUUUGCGACAUUUGUUUGCGAACGGAGCGUUUAUUAUUAACAGGUUAUUUUGGUUGCUGAUUGUCUUGGCUUCCGCCGGGUGCCUGUACCUUCUGCUACUGUCCGAUGAAAGGGACGAUCUGAACUUCACUCCCGACAGCCUGUACUUGACCUGGACCACCACCUUCCCGGCGGUCACCGUAUGCGAGACAUAUUCUGGGAGGGCUGUGCAGAAGAAACUGCUCGAAAAAUACCCAAACUACACACAACACCUAAGCCUGGACUUCAGAAAGUACAUAGCGGCAGUAAUGUAUGGACGUGGCUCGUGUAGCAAGUCUAUCUGCGUGCCCUGCGGGGACAAGGUGCCGUGCGACUUGCCCAUAAGAGAAAUCUUUGACAAUAUACGUCUUAAGUGCACAGAGUUACUGUCAAACUGUUCGUUCAAUGGCAUGGAGUUUCCAUGCUGCGACAAAUUUCACAUCGUCGACUCAGAGUACGGCCCAUGCUACUCCUUCAACACACUGCAGAGCGAAAAUUCCGAUCUGGAGUCGCUGUUCAGAGUAAACAGAUCUACGGGUCCAGGCAGACUGGACUUUCGAAUUUCAGGGGACUCUGAAGUCGCCGUUCAUAGUCCAGAAGAAUUAGCGACGUUGGAUUUGGACCCGAAGUUCAAGUUUGAGGUGAAGUUGUACCUGGAGAACAGGGUGGAGUACUUCUUCUCAGUGGUGGAAAUUGAGAACGAUAAGGUUCUAGCUCGAGAAGACAUGAACGUCCGGAGGUGUCGAUACUUAGACGAACUACCGAACGACUUCUAUAAAUAUCCGGUGUAUGGAUAUGGUGCCUGCCAGCUUUCUCAUAGUACCGAGCAUGUGUUCGAACAUUGCCAAUGUAUCCAUCCCAUCAGGCUUAAAACCUAUGAACAUUUGUUCUGCAAUUUCACUGGCAUACAUUGUGUUGUAAUUCAUGAAUUUGAGAAAUCGAAAUUAGGCGUUGACUCGAAACCUAUGGCUGAUGACAACUGUCUGCCCUCGUGUGUGGAGAGUGAACUAACCACUGUGCACAUUUCCAGAAAAUGGGUACAAGCAGCGGAGCCGACCAAAGGAGCGUCGAUUACUAUUCAGAUGAUAGCGCUUCCUACACUGCGGUUCCAGAGGAAUCUCGUCACUUCCAAUUUGGACAUUGUUGUGAACGUGGGAGGAAUGUUUAGUUUAUUCUUCGGAGCGUCUAUUUUUAGUUUUGUUGAGAUCUUUUACCUUAUUUUUAGAAAACAAUAAUAUCAGAACACUUCAAUUGACUAUGGCAUCUAGGCAUAUUCAUUAUUUCGA